AUGUCAAGGCAAUCAGCAAACGAAAUCGAUCAAUUGAUUCGACAAACCCGACCGACCAAUCGUGACUUGGUUCGUCGUGAUGUUAUACAAGCGAUUCAAUCCAAUGUCAGCAGUUUAAGAUUGGACGCUGCUACGUAUCGCUAUCCGAAUGGAACGACGAAAGAAUCACUUCGCUUACAAGGAACUGUUAUAUGUCGAUAUCGAGGAAAUCAGUAUAAUAUCCCAAUCGAAAUAUGGCUUCAACAAGAUCAUCCGAUUGUUGCACCAAUAGCUUAUGUUAAACCAACAGCAGAUAUGCAUGUAUCAACGACAAGUAAUGAUGUUCGGAUAGAUGGAACGGUUGUUAUACCAUACUUACGGAAUUGGCGUCAUCCGACUAGCGAUUUGAGCCAUUUGUUGAACGCUAUGUCCGAUGCAUUUAGUCAAACUCCUCCAGUAUAUUCAGCUCCGACUUCGGCUGCUGUUAACCAUUCACCAUAUCCAACAACGGCAACGCCAUAUCCAUUGGCAACAACUCCAUAUCCUCCAGCAACGACGCCUUAUCCACCGAUGACAGCAGCGUCAAUGCCCAUGCCCGAAAGAUACAAUGGAAUGUCGGCUGGAUCAAGCACAUCUCAUUCAUACCCAUAUGGGUAUCCACAGACAGAAAUUCCAGCGGAUGUCUAUCGAGCAUCUCUUCUAUCAGCUGUCCAAAAUAAAGUCACAAAUCGUCUAAGAGAAACAAUACAAAUGAGCAAUGCCCAGAUUGAUUCAUUACGAAAAAUUCAAGAAGAUUUAAAUAAUGGAGGAAGAACAUUACAAAGCUUAAUUCGCGAUAUGCAACAGCAACAAACUGAUGCAGAAAAUCAUAUGAAAAACAUACGAGUGAAAACCAAUGCCAUAUUGGAUUCAUCAUCUAAAACAUCAUCUGGAAAAGAAAAUUCAGUCGAAGAGGAUGCAGUCAUUACACCUGCGCCAAUCUACAAACAACUUUUACAAGCUUAUGCUGAAGAACAUGCAAUUCAAGAUUUGUUAUACUACCUUGCAGAAGGACUUCGACGAGAAUCUAUUGGAUUAGAUACUUAUUUGAAACAUGUUAGAGAACUUUCUCGAAAACAAUUCAUUUUGCGAGCAACAAUGCAUCGAUGUCGACAAAUUAUUACUCCAUCUAUAUAA